AUGCUCAAGAAGCCUAAUACUCUCUGGGGUAGCGUCCAGCUACUAAAUUCGCAACGGAAUGGUUCAUCUUCCAUUCUCAACCUCGCCUCCACUGCCCGGAGCUAUGCCACCGCAUCAGACACCUCGGGAUACCAGGAUGCCUGGCCAAAGAGCCCCUCAUUCACCCCAUAUGACAUUUUAAAUAUUCCACGGAAUGGCACAUACACCAAAACCCGCUACUACGACCUCGUAAAACUCUACCACCCAGACCGCCACAGUGCAGACAUCACCCCCGAAGUUCGACUCCAGCGCUACAAAAUCGUGGUCGCAGCCCACGAGAUCCUCUCCGACCCUGUCAAACGCGCAGCAUACGAUAAGUUUGGUACAGGAUGGAACCACGCAUCCCGGCCCGACCCUACCGGUCCGGACGGUCCUGACGUCAAUAUCUACGGAAACGCAACGUGGGAAGACUGGGAGCGCUGGAAUAACCGGCAUAAUGGGAAGCAGCAGCAUAUCGUGGACCAUCGCACAUUCACGCGGCUUAUUAUUCUACUUACGUUGUUUGGUGGUGCGGUGCAAGCGUCGUGGAUCGGUCAGAUGAAUACGGGGUACGAGGAGCGCCUUCGUGAAGUAAGUGAGGACUCCAUGCGGUUCUUAAGUGGGCGGAGGCAGAGCGCUGUUAAUCAGAUGCCUUCGAAUGAUGCUCGUGUGCAGAGUUUCUUGAUUCGGAGGGAUCCGACUGGGUCAGGACUUAAGGGUGAUGAACAUCCUGUUUAUCAGAGGGAGCUGCAUCCUAAGCAGGGUGUGAAGAAGCUGAGUGAGCGUCAGGGUGUAGAGUCGCAGACUGGAUCUGGUCAUGAGGUGAACGAGGUCGAGUAA